CUUAACGGGUAAUUUAUGCCUGCGUCUCGAGACUCGAAUGCAUUAUAUGCGAAUGGCUACUUGCUACUUGCUACUUUUCUGUCAAUGCUACAAUUCCGAAUCGGAACGCCGCACAGUUGUUGCUCUCCGCGUCCGCGAGUACAUCGUACCGAAAUUAGAAUCAGUCUGUACUCCUCAGUUCAUCGUUGUCAGCUGACUUGCCAGUUCAUGUGUGCCAUUUUAUGAGGUUACAUUUUCGCGCCAAUUUUUUUCAACCAGAUCGAAUUAUACCGGCGCCGGUAUAUGUUUUUUCCGACGUUACGUUUUGUGAUCUUUUCGGUGCAGAAUGUUUGAGAUUUUUCUCACAUGUUUCAUAGCAGGAAUCAUCCAAACUUCAUGUUUACCUAAUUCGCACGAACAUGCUCAUCCCAGCAGUCAUGUGGGUUUUGGAUACAAUGAAAACGAUCCUCUAGGUCCAAAUCAUUGGCCAGAAAAAUAUGCAAAAUGUGCAGGAAAAUACCAAUCGCCUAUUGAUAUUGAAGAAAACAUAGUCACCAGGGUUGCUUUACCACCCUUGAUGUUGAACGGUUUUUAUGCACCCUUAGAAAAUCCCACCAUUACCAACAAUGGACACACAGUUAUGGUGCAAGUAAAUUCAACGGACGCUGUUUCUAUAUCUGGAGGACCGUUAUUAAAUCCAUCGUUCAAAUUUGCUCAGUUUCAUUUUCAUUGGGGUGCAAAUGAUUCUCUCGGUAGUGAAGAUAUGAUCAAUAAUCACAGUUAUCCAAUGGAGCUUCACAUGGUAUUUUACAACAGCGAUUAUUCUAAUACCACUGAUGCGCAACAAUACAUGGAUGGACUAGCUGUACUUGCUUUUUUCUUUGAAGUUACAGAAAAAGAUAAUAAAUUUUACAAACCUAUCGUGCAGUCUUUAAGCCGUAUCGUGAAUCCACAAAGCACUGUUCCUCUGGAAGAGUCAUUAAAAUUAGUUGAUCUGUUACCAUCAAACGUAGAUAAUUAUUUCACUUACAUGGGAUCGUUAACUACACCUCCAUGCUCCGAAGGAGUCAGAUGGAUUGAUUUUAAACAUCCUAUACUUUUAUCUCACGAACAAUUGGCGAAAUUCAGAACAAUACAUUCCGAUGCUGGAAUUCUGUCACAUAACUUUCGUCCUAUUCAGCCAUUGUCAAAUAGACCUAUUUGGUACAACAGUGGCUCGCCUACUAAUUUAAAUCUUGAUUCGGAAACUCAAAAAAGUAACUCGUUUAAAAAUCAAAUCAGUCGUGUAUUUUUAGUAUUCUCGUUUGUUCCUUUUGUGUUAUUUUAUUUUAACAAUUAGCGCUUGGAAAACUGUGAUAAUAGAUUUUAAAAUGUACCUUUUUAAGUAUGUAUUUAUUUUAUUUACUUCAUUCGUAUACGUAAACGUUUGUAUUUGAUAAUUUAUUUAUAUUUAUUUACGAUAAAUAACCUGUGAUGUAUUCUUAUUUUAUUCGAUAAUUAUUAUUUUAUUUCAUCUGAUUUUAAGUUAAGUUCAAAAAAUGUGAAUUAGAUCAACGUGUUCAACUUGCAUAAUUAUUUUUCGGAAAAUUAAAUCGAAUAGUUCAUAUCAGUCGUUAAGCUCAUAACUGAUUAAUGAAGUAUAUCGCCUAUUUGGCAAACUGACGGAACAAUAUGACUUGAAAAAAAUGUUCAAUGAAUUUUUCAUCGUAGGAAUAAGUACUUAACUUGUGUUUCAAUAUAAACAAAAUUUUAUAAAAUUUGUUCAAUUUUCCUAGUUUUACCUGAAUUUUUGAUACUUACCAUGCAAAAUAAAACUAAAUGAUUUUUUUAAAAAUCUCAUUAUUGCAACUUUGAUGUGGUUUUCAAACUAUUAUUCAUUCGUACGAUAGAAAACGUAUUUGAACCAGGUUGUUUUUACAACAGUAAUUUGUUCCUUUACUGCGAUGAAUAGGCAACUGAUUUAUCUUGCAUCUUCCUUGGUGGUACCUCUGCCUACUCCGUUACAUCCAAAAUUUUGAGCCUUGACAUUCAUUUCUUAGACAUUUGUCUCUCAGUUGUUUUGUUGCAUUUGUUUAAUUUUAAAUUCUUUCAAUAUUUUUAUUUUAAAUGCUCCACUUUUAUUUCAUGAGCCGAUGAAGAUAAUUAUUGUGUUUUGAAUUCAAAGUGGUUCAUUGCAACAAACAAAAAAACAAAGAAAAACUCUGAAAAAUGGAAAAGCUUCUAAUAAAAUUACAAAUUUUCUUAAUUUCUGUGAAAAUUGUUGAAUUUGGCAAAUUUUUGCUUUAGUUUUGCAAGACACUAUCUUUAUAAAAAAAAAAAUGAGUCAAGAUAUUGAAGUAUUUCGACUCUCUUUCAACCACUCUCUUCUUUUAAAACUCUUUGAAUGGGUUUCUGAUGUUGUAUGUAGAAUUUAACAUUGGAUAAUAAUUAAUUUUACCGGUGAAAAUUUUGUAAAUUCUUUAGUUAUUAAUUACCUACCCAAUGUCACUUAGAUACAUUAUGAUGGAGUUGAAUUAGAACGUUUUCAUAUUUA